AUGUCAGAUAUAGGGACAGUCAAGUUCAACACAGGGGCUAUUCUCAUCGGCUCUUACGUUAAUCUCGUACUCUACACGCUGGAGCUCUUCGCUUUCCGUACCUAUCUCCGCUGUGAACGCUCGUGCAGCGACAGAAAAUCCCUCAAAGUUAUAGUUUUCUCUUGUGUAUUUAUCGAUACUAUCGGGACAUUUGCAGCUUGUGCUGUAGUAUUCACAGACGCCGUCGUGUACUGGGGCGAUCCAAGCGACCUGGGGCAGCUGCAUUGGACCAACGCGCUAUGGUUUGUUUCGAACCAGGUAGUCGCCCUUGUCGUCCAGGGAUUCAUGGUAACGCGAUACUUCAAACUAUCUCAUAAUUAUAUUGUAACGAUAAUUAUAUUUCUUUUUAUGCUCGCAUCGUUUGCGUGUAGCAUCCAGGUUGCGGUGGUUAGUUCUCUCAAAAAUCGGACCAGGGACCAGCGAGUCAGGGAAUUGUCUUUUAUAACAGUCGUUUUGGUAGGGGCACUCAUCACAGACGCCCUCAUUACGAUCGCUCUCAUCUGGCUCCUCCGCAUCCAGAAAGUCUAUAGUGACACCACCAAAAGCAUUGUCCGAAGAUUAUCUAGUUUAGCGAUCAGGAGCGGACUCGCCACCUGUGUCGUCGUUCUAGCCACUUUUAUAACCUUCGCCGUCGAUCCUUCCUCAUCUCUUUCUAACGGGAUCGCAUUUGUCGUUGCCCGAGUCUACUCGUUGACCAUGCUGUUCACCCUCAACUCCCGCGAAGGCAUCUGCGAAGACUUUGAAACCCAUUUCGAGACCAGCGGGAGCAUCGUGAUAGAGCCUCAUACCAGCUCGGGGUCGCCGUUGAGGAGCGAAUCCACAGAAACCUUAGCUGGGCCUGCAACCCCUUUAAGCGGGCGCUUCAAGGACGUCCCAAUUACCUUUGCUCAGAGGGAUGAUUCGAGUCUACAUCGCCAAUCCUCUACAUGGAGUGCUGGAUCCGUAUCUCUUCACCGACUGUGUUCAGAAGGCCGCCGUUGCGCAUCAUCCAAGCCGGAAAAUGUAUAA